AAGGUUUAUGUUUUUAUUUUUAAAAUAAUUAAUUGUUGUAUUAACUUAUUUAAGUAAUAUUUAAUAUAUUAUUUAAACCUUAUAAUAUGUACCCUUUAUUAUACUUUUUCAGUUUAUUAUUCUGCUUACAUUCUUAUUAGAAAUAAUAUACUCUUGUGUGAAAAUAAACUAUAUAUUCAAGUUAUGCUUUUCAUUAAAUUACGGCCUUUAUUUACUUCUGGGUUAAAAUUAAAACAAUGCUUGGCAAAAACAGAAACACAAAACAUGCUAGCAGUAGCAGGAUGCAACAAGUAUCGCACUUAUAAAAAUUUUGCUCAUAGAAAUGAACCUCCAGACCAUCCAUUCAAAAGAUAUUAUCUAUUAUUUUUCAUUUGUUUUGGUACCUAUCAUUUUAUAAACUGGGAAAAAAUUUAUGAAGUUAUUUUUCCACCUGUGGAUGCUGACAGUAAUGUUGAAUCAUCUGAAAACCAACUGGAUGAUGAAGAUAUUUUAGAUGAAUCAGUUGAUAAAAAAAAGAAAAAUUCUAAAGAAAAAAUAGGUUUUCGUGAUAGAAAAAUAAUAGAAUAUGAAAACAGAAUACGUCAUUUUUCAACUCCUGACAAAGUAUUUAGGUAUUUUGCCACUCUUCAAGUGACUCAUAUACAUCCUAAUGGACAAGAAACUCAUGAAGUAUUUAUGACUCCUGAUGAUUUUUUAAGAUCAAUGACACCAGGAAUCAAGCAGCCAGAUGGACUUGGACUUGAUCAAUACAAGAAAUAUGACCCAAAAAGUAAUCAUAUGAAAUUAGAAUUAGCAUUAAGUGAAGAUAGUAUUUUUUACAAGUUAGGAAGUUCAGGACUUAUAACUUUUUCAGAUUAUAUAUUUCUUCUUACUGUUUUAUCAACCUCCAAAAGACAUUUUGAGAUAGCAUUCAGAAUGUUUGAUUUGAAUGGAGAUGGUGAUGUUGAUUGUGAAGAAUUUCAAAAAGUUGCUACACUUAUUAGAAACCAAACAAGUAUAGGAACUCGCCAUAGAGACCAUGCCAAUACAGGCAAUACAUUUAAAGGAGUUAAUUCAGCAUUAACAACUUACUUUUUUGGUGAAAAUCUUAAUGAAAAACUUACAAUAGAAAAAUUCUUGGAUUUUCAACAACAAUUACAAAAUGAAAUACUUGGUUUAGAGUUUUUACGGAAAGAACCAAGUGACGAUGGCACUAUUACGGAAGUAGAAUUUACAGAUCUUCUUUUAGCUUAUGCUGGGUAUCCACCAAAAAAAAAAUCUCGAUUAAUCAAACGAGUCAAAAAAGUGUUUAAAGAUAAAAAAAAAGGUAUUCAUCAAGAUGAUUAUUUGAAAUUUUUCCACUUUUUAAACAACAUUAAUGAUGUUGACACAGCACUUACAUUUUACCAUAUUGCUGGUGCAUCAAUUGAUCAAGCAACUUUAAAACAUGUUGCAAAAACAGUAGCCCAUGUUGAGUUAAAUGAUCAUGUUAUUGAUGUAAUAUUUACAAUAUUUGAUGAAAAUCUUGAUGGACAAUUAAGUAAUCGAGAAUUUGUUGCAGUAAUGAAAAAUAGAUUAUUAAGAGGUCUUGAAAAGCCAAAAGAUACUGGCUUUGUUAAAUUUAUUGAAUCUGUAGGUAAAUGUGCAAAAGAAAGUGCUCCUAAUAUUUUUGAUUUAUAAGUAUUAUAGCUUAAUUUAAUUGUUAACAUUUUAUAUUUAUUAAUUACAUUUUAAAUAUUAUAACAUAAAUAUUAUCUCACUGUUAAAAAAUAUAAAAAUAAUCAAAUUAUACUACACAUGUCUUGUUUCUUUUAUCAUGCAAUGCAAUUGUUUCUCAAUACUGUGAUCCAAGUAUGGUUGAUAUGUCCAACAAGAAAGGUAAAACAAUAAUACAUUAGGAUCUGUACAAUCAGCUAUUCUAAGUAAUAAACUUUGAUGAAGUUUUAAUUCUUUUUGGUAAGCUUCAACUAGACCUUCAGUUACUUUAC